CAGCGCAGUCGGGUUCCCUCCCCCGGGAGGCUCGCGAAGGAGAAGCCAGCCGCCGCCGAGGAAAAAGAGCCGCUGGUGCUGGUCCCCGGGGGCGCCAUGGCGACGGGAGCGAACGCCACGCCGCUGGGUAAGCUCGGCCCCCCCGGCCUCCCUCCGCUUCCCGGGCCCAAAGGGGGCUUCGAACCGGGGCCUGCGCCUGGGGCGGGGCUGCUGGCGCCUGGGCCGCCGCCGCCCCCGCCCGUGGGCUCAAUGGGGGCCCUGACCGCGGCCUUCCCCUUCGCGGCGUUGCCGCCGCCGCCUCCGCCGCCGCCCCCCCCACCUCCGCAGCAGCAGCAGCCGCCGCCUCCGCCGUCCCCGGGCGCCUCGUACCCGCCGCCGCAGCCGCCCCCUCCGCCGCCGCUCUAUCAGCGCGUGUCGCCGCCGCAGCCGCCGCCGCCACUCCAGCCGCCGCGUCAGGACCAGCAGCCGGGCCCGGCCGGCGGCGGAGGAGACUUCCCAAGUAAGAAGCGGAAGAGGAGCCGCUGGAACCAAGACACAAUGGAACAGAAGACAGUGAUUCCAGGAAUGCCUACAGUUAUCCCCCCUGGACUUACUCGGGAACAAGAAAGAGCUUAUAUAGUGCAACUGCAGAUAGAAGACCUGACUCGUAAACUGCGCACAGGAGACCUGGGCAUCCCCCCUAACCCUGAGGACAGGUCCCCUUCCCCCGAGCCCAUCUACAACAGUGAGGGGAAGCGGCUUAACACCCGAGAGUUCCGCACCCGGAAAAAACUCGAAGAGGAACGGCACAACCUCAUCACAGAGAUGGUUGCUCUCAACCCUGAUUUCAAGCCACCUGCAGAUUACAAACCUCCAGCAACACGUGUGAGUGAUAAAGUAAUGAUUCCACAAGAUGAAUAUCCGGAAAUCAAUUUCGUGGGGCUGCUAAUUGGGCCCAGAGGAAACACCCUGAAGAACAUAGAGAAGGAGUGCAACGCCAAGAUCAUGAUCCGGGGGAAAGGGUCUGUGAAAGAAGGGAAGGUUGGGCGCAAAGAUGGCCAGAUGUUGCCAGGAGAAGAUGAGCCACUUCAUGCCUUGGUCACUGCCAAUACAAUGGAGAAUGUCAAAAAGGCGGUAGAGCAGAUCAGAAACAUCCUGAAACAGGGUAUCGAGACCCCAGAGGACCAGAACGACCUACGGAAGAUGCAGCUUCGAGAGUUGGCUCGCUUGAAUGGGACCCUUCGGGAAGAUGAUAACAGGAUCUUAAGACCCUGGCAGAGCUCAGAGACCCGCAGCAUCACCAACACCACAGUGUGUACCAAGUGUGGAGGGGCUGGCCACAUAGCAUCAGAUUGCAAAUUCCAAAGGCCUGGUGACCCCCAGUCAGCUCAGGAUAAAGCCCGGAUGGAUAAAGAAUACUUGUCCCUCAUGGCUGAACUGGGUGAAGCGCCUGUACCAGCAUCUGUGGGCUCCACCUCUGGGCCAGCCACCACACCCCUGGCCAGUGCACCUCGGCCUGCUGCUCCUGCCAACAACCCUCCUCCACCGUCUCUUAUGUCUACCACCCAGAGCCGCCCGCCCUGGAUGAAUUCUGGCCCUUCAGAGAGUCGGCCUUACCAUGGCAUGCACGGAGGUGGUCCUGGCGGGCCUGGAGGCGGCCCCCAUAGCUUCCCACACCCAUUACCUAGCCUGACAGGUGGGCAUGGUGGACAUCCCAUGCAGCACAACCCUAAUGGACCCCCACCCCCUUGGAUGCAGCCACCACCACCACCGAUGAACCAGGGCCCCCACCCACCUGGGCACCAUGGCCCUCCUCCAAUGGAUCAGUACCUGGGAAGUACGCCUGUGGGCUCUGGGGUCUAUCGCCUACAUCAAGGAAAAGGUAUGAUGCCGCCGCCGCCUAUGGGCAUGAUGCCACCGCCGCCGCCGCCUCCCAGUGGGCAGCCCCCGCCCCCUCCCUCUGGUCCUCUUCCCCCAUGGCAACAGCAGCAGCAGCAGCCUCCGCCACCCCCUCCGCCCAGCAGCAGUAUGGCUUCCAGUACCCCCUUGCCAUGGCAGCAAAAUACGACGACUACCACCACGAGCGCUGGCACAGGGUCCAUCCCGCCAUGGCAACAGCAGCAGGCGGCUGCCGCAGCUUCUCCAGGAGCCCCUCAGAUGCAAGGCAACCCCACUAUGGUGCCCCUGCCCCCCGGGGUCCAGCCGCCUCUGCCGCCCGGGGCCCCUCCCCCUCCGCCGCCUCCGCCACCUGGUUCCGGCAUGAUGUAUGCCCCACCCCCUCCUCCUCCGCCUCCCAUGGACCCUUCUAACUUUGUCACCAUGAUGGGCAUGGGGGUGGCGGGCAUGCCGCCCUUCGGGAUGCCUCCAGCUCCCCCACCGCCUCCACCACAGAACUAGACUUGUUUUUUUAAGAAAAUAUAUAUUAUAGAGAGAGAGAGAGAAUUGGUCUCGUUUAAACACACGCCGAACCUCACCAUAUGGAGCCAGACAUUGGGACGCACGCAUGUGAUUGUAUGUGCACGCAUGUGUGUGUGUGCACGCAUUGGGCUGGGCCAAGCGACUGAGGACUCGCUUGGGAACGGGCAGAUGGUAGUAGGGGCGCCAGCUUGGGCUCUUCUGGCGCCCCGUAGCAUCGAGUGUCUUCUUUGUCUUCUUUCUCUCCUCACCCAACUCCCUUUGCCUCUCCCCAAACCGGGCCGCCAGGAUCCCUCCCCGCAGCAGCGAUGGCCCGAGCCAUGAGAGUGAGGACUUUCCGCGCCCAUUGGUGACCCUUCCAGGCAGACAGCCUCAGCAGCGCCCCUGGUGGACAGGAUGGUUCGGCAAAGCAGCCUGAGUUAUUUUUGUGGACGGAAUCGGAACACGCUGGCUCCAUAUUGUGAAAUUUUUAUUAAUUUGUUUCUUUUUCCUUUGUUAUUUCCUUAUUUCUUCCUUUCUUCAGACUCCGUCCAAGGAGACGCUCUCCCCGGUCUUCUGCUGCAAUUAGAUUCCUUUCCUUUCUCUCCAAUUCUUCCCUUGCCAAGGAGAGAGGAGCAAAUGGUUUUAGGCACAGGUUUUGGCCAUUAAUGUCAGGCUAGUGGAGGGGGGGAUCAUUUGGUUCUAAGUUUUUCAAGGUUCCAUAGCUACCCCUGAAGGUGUUUGUUUGUUUUUUGUUUUUCUUACAUGUGGGGUUUUAUCUCUGCCACCCUUGUUGAAAGUCUUGUAUGGUUGCCGUGGGUGUGUCGAUCGCCAGGUUCUGGGAUCUACAUCUGUCCUGGCACUCCUGUGGCAGUAGGUGGGACAGCCUGAGUCACCUUGGGGCUUAACUUAUGGCCUGGAGUUCUUUCUGUGCUCCCUGACCACCUAAGCUGCCUCGGAUUCCAUUUGUUCCUCUUCUUCCUGCAAGGUUUCCUUUUACAUUUUAUUUUAAUCCCAAACAUCUGAAUGUUUUGCAGUGUCUAGGGGUUUGAGCCCCUUGUUCUUCAUUCUACAUCCUUUUUCUCCCCCCUUUCCUCUCCAUGGAGUGAUUAUGUUGACGAUAAUGUGUACUGCGCGUUCUCUUCACUGGUUUAUCUGCAGAAAUUUCUCUGGGCUUUUUUUCGGUGUUUGAUUUAACACUGCCCUAAAGGGGGGAUGUUCCAUUGAAUAAAAGAGCAGUGUGGUUUUC